AUGAGUUAAAUUUUAGGGCCUGUAGUUGAAUAAACAAUUGUACCAGAUGGAUUCAUUUUAGAACAAAAUUCAAAAACCUUAAUGGUGACCAUAAACAGACCCAAUUAGGCAAAUAGCUUCACUUUAGGAAUGUAUUUAUAAUUUAUAGAAAUUCUUAAGAAAGCGGCAGAAGAUGAUAACGUAAAUAAUAAUAUAUAUAUUUAAGGUUGAUGUUGUAUUGGUUAAAGGAAAUGGGAAAAUGUUUAGUUCUGGUAACGAUAUGAAGAAUUUUUCAUUAUUUACUUUAACAACAGAGGAAGUAAAGUGAUUAACAAUAUUUUUUUAGUAAAGAAUUCAAUUUGCAACAGAAUUAGUGGAAUUAAUUCGAGAAUUAAAUAAUGCGAUUUUACAUUUUCCAAAGAGUUUAAUAGGAUGUUGUCAUAAUGGAGUAUUUGGUUUUUUAUUUCCUAUGUUGGCUUUAUUUGAUUAAGUAUAUGUGACAGAAGAUUGCUAUUUUGUGGCUCCAAUGAUACAACUUGGUUAGGUAAAUAAAUAAUAAUAAUAAUAUUAAUAGGGUCAUGAGAUGUUUUCAUCAUAUACAUUUCCAAGAUUAUUUGGACAUAGUAAAGCAUUUAGUUUGUUGGUGAAUGGAGAGAGAUUAAUAGCUAAAGAUGCAAUAUAAUAUGGAUUUGCAUAGAGAAUAUUUAAGACAAAAGAAGAGAUGUAUAGUAAUGCUUAGAAGUUGUGUGAAUAAUUAGAAUAGGUUGAUAGAAAUAGUGUAUUAAAUGGGAAAUUAUUAAUGAGAGAAGCUUUGAUGAGUGUAUGAUAAUAAUAAUAUAAUUAGGAAUUAAGUAAAGCUGGAGAAAGAGAAUUAAAAGUCAAUUUUAAAAUAUGGUCUUAAGAGAAUUUAUUAUAAAAUGUUAUGAAAUAAAUGAUGAGAAUGAAAUCAAAAUUGUGAUUUAAUUUUUAUAUAACAAAUUAAAUAUAGAUUUGAAUCA